CCUUCACCCUUCUUUUUUCUUCCGGCAUCUAAAAAUGGCUGGCAAUUUGCCUACUCAGCUUAUGGUGUACUGCUCUUUCUAAUGGGAAAAGUUGAUUUUUUUAAGGUUGUAUUUCAGGGUGAUAAGACAACGUUCUUCCCUGGUGAAGUUAUCCACGGUAAUGUUAACGUUAAGGUAAACAGCGAUCUUAAACUUCGCGGCAUUCGAGUGGAAUUCCACGGGGAAGCGAAGGUCUACUUGUCUGGCGGAAAUCAUAGGAGAAAGCGCCCAGCCAAUAGUGAAGAGUACAUUAACCUGGUAGCCACCUUGUAUGGGAAAGCACCUGAGCAGUCUGGUGAAAAUCCAGUGCUAGGGCCUGGAGAGUACAGCUUUCCAUUCCAGUUUCACAUGCCAAGUGAUAACCUACCAACAUCCGUUGAAGGAAACUUUGGUCAUGUGCGAUACUGGCUUAAAGCUUUCAUCGAUCGUCCAUGGAGAUUUGACAUUACAACAAAAUCAGUGUUCACUGUUAUUGAACGUGUUGACAUAAAUCUAACACCAGGCUUAUUGCAACCUUGUCAAGUUGAAAAAGAACAACAGUAUGGAUUUGCUUGCUUGGCUGGCCCUAUAAAUGUGACUGUUCAAACAGACAGAGGAGGUUACUGUCCAGGGGAAUCUAUUGCAUUUUCAGCAUUCAUUAACAACCAAUCAGGCUGCGGACUCAGUGGGGCAGAGAUUAUUCUGUAUCAAAUUUCAGUCUACACAAUUAAGGGUGGUAUGAGUUCAGGUAAAACAUCAGGAAAGCAUGUAAAUGAAAUUGUGGCUUCAUUAAAAAGAGAUGAGAUUAGAGGAGUUGGAGAUCAUCACCUGGAGAUGGUACCACUUAAAAUUCCCUCCCUUCCCCCCACAAUGUCAAGUUGUAGCUGUAUUAAGAUAUCAUAUGAAGUGAAGUUCAUCCUCCAUGUCAGUGGAUGGAGAGCAAAGGACCUUAUUCUAUCAGUUCCAUUAACAAUAGGCUCUGUACCUUACCAACCACCAGUUCUUCCAACAUCUGUGGAACCCUCAGCUCCCCCACUCUCCCCUCCCCCCUACUCUGAAGGUCAGACAUACCCUGGUGUGGCUCUUCCAUCGUACGCAGAAUGUGUGUAUGGUGGGGUGUCUGUUCGUGACGAGAAUGAUUCCAACGACAUGAUGAGUGACUCAACCUUCACUCCAAUGUAUCCGUUUGUUAGCCAUUACGAGGUUCCCUCUGCUGCAAGCCAAGACUCUGCUACUGUGGCUGCUGCUCAACAGCCACAAGUCUCAUCUAGUAAAGUGCCUCUGCCUUAAAUUUGAACAUUUGUACAAUUUCAUGCAUCGAAGUACUAGUCAGUGCUUAUUGUUUCCCCUCAGUUACGUCAAAGUACUUUAUGUCAAGUUUUCUAAUUUCUUUUUUAUUGUAACACGUUAAAAUUACCUCCAGCUCAAAGAUGAUUACACAUUAGCCCAGCUAAAUUAAUUUUAAAAAAAGGGACAAAAAAAUGAGUAAGAAUUUACUGAGAAGGAACCUGGACAAAUGAUGAAUUAGACUGAGACGGUUUUUGAUGAAAAAUGCGAAAAAUUUAGACCUCAAUGUAAUAAUAGACAUCUUUGGACUCUCGAUGACCUCAAUUGAAAAUUGCUCUCAAUGUAAUCAGAGUGUGGUGGAGAUGGGUGCUUGAAAUAAGACCUAAACUUUCUAGCAAUUGACUUUCAUAUUCCGUUUGAAAUGAGAAGGUGAUCAAUAUGUUUGAUUAAUUUCGUCUCAAUGUAGAUAGCUGAACUAAGUAAGUAAUUAAUUAAGUAAGCAAGUUAACUCUUUAUUUAAAGAGGGUAGCACUUAAUAGCCAAAGGGUUAAUAAACUUGUAGCCCUCUUACAAUACAUUUGGUAAUACUGAUACAAAUAUAGAUAUCAAUAAGUAAAAAUAAAUACAUUAUUAUAGAAAUAGAAGAACAGUUUAAAAAGUUAAAAAUGUCAUGAAGAUGAUGCCUUGAGAGUUUAAGUACUUUUUAUCAAAAAGGUAUAUAAGUUGUUUUAGACUCUGGAAUUAGCCUGAUAUAUCAUAUUUAUUCAAGUUGUGGGUUCUAAAUGGGGUAAAAGAUCUUCAAUAAUUAGAAUUAGGAGACCGUCAAUUUUGAGCCCGCGAAUGAAGUAGAUACAGAUUUUUUUUUGUAUCAUUUCUCUGUCUAUGAUAACUAUUUUUAGAACAAUGUUUUACGAUUCGGAUUAGUGAUUUUAACUUUACCUUGAGCAGCGUUUUUCCCAAAUGUACAUUUUGCUGUCGGUUUAUGACUAUGAACAGAGACGCGAUAAAAAAUGAUUCAGUGAUUUAUUCAGAAUUUUUUGAUGAAUUGUUAUGUUAAUAUAUAAAUCUUCUAGUAGGUCAGUAAUUAGGAAUAGGGUGUUAUUUGAAUAUCAAAAAAGUUCCAUAGUGUAACUAGAAAUAUUGGUAAUUCAAAUCGAAAUUUAUUAAGUUAAAGUUACAAAUAAAAUCCAACAACUGAAACAAAA